CCCGCCGCCGCCGCUCUUCCUGGCGCGCGCCUGUCGCGCUGUGACGUCCAUGCCGGGCAGCGGGGCGGCCAUGGCGAGCGAUUUCUACCUGCGCUACUACGUGGGGCACAAGGGGAAGUUCGGACACGAAUUCCUCGAGUUCGAGUUCCGGCCCGACGGUAAGCUGCGCUACGCCAACAACAGCAACUACAAGAACGAUGUGAUGAUCCGGAAAGAGGCUUAUGUGCACAAGAGUGUGAUGGAGGAGCUGAAGAGAAUAAUCGACGACAGUGAAAUCACGAAAGAAGAUGAUGCUCUGUGGCCUCCUCCUGACAGAGUGGGCCGACAGGAGCUCGAGAUAGUAAUUGGUGACGAGCACAUCUCCUUUACCACGUCAAAAAUCGGUUCCCUCAUUGACGUAAAUCAGUCCAAAGAUCCAGAAGGCUUGAGAGUGUUCUACUACCUGGUCCAGGACCUUAAGUGUCUCGUCUUCAGUCUUAUUGGACUCCACUUCAAGAUUAAGCCAAUUUAAAUCAGACAAACUGAAGUUUGUAUUGCAGUGUUAGCAGUAGGGAUGGGAAGAGAGGAUCCUGUUCCAGUUCUUCACUGUUGCUGAAAUUUUUUUGUACUUUAGAUUAUUUUUUUGAUUGUUGUGUUUGUUGUUGUUACGAACUGUCAAUGACUCAAUAAAAGGGUGAGAGUUGCAUUUUUAAUUUUUAA